CAAAAACAGGUUCAUAGUGUUUGCACAAUAGAGUUUUUUCUAGGCCUUGUAUGAAGGUUUUUAAUAAGUGUAUUUGAAAAGAAAAGAAAGGGAAAGCAGGUUCAUAGUUCUUAGUGCUUAGCAGGCAAUCGCUUGGAGUUCUCACUUUUCUUUCUAGCAAACUGCUCAGUUACACUGGGUCAGUGUUAGUCAGCGGAGCAACUGUCGCUGUCGUGAACAUCUAAAUUUAUACAUCUCUGUCAGAGAGCAAAACUUACCCUUAUCUUUAUUGAUUCAGCCUUGCAUUGUGCACUGACUCUUAGAGAAUACUAUUUAAGAAAAAUACAUGUGCAAAAAGUUCAUACAACUCCAAAGAAUUGCUUGAUUUGAUCUUUUAUCCAUCAGCACGCUGGAUUCCAAAUAUGGUAUCAAUGACCCAAAUAUGGUGAUGUAGGGGAGGUUCAUAUGUUUUGAUUGGGCUGCCUUAUUGGUUGUUAAAUCGGGGUUGACAUAUAUGGAAAACUAGGUCAACAGGAUGUGUCAAUCAAAUGAAAAUAAUGUUCUAAAAGAGAAACUUGAUAAAGUCCUUUAAAAAUGAUCAAAAAUAUGUCUUAAAAUGAAAAACAAAUUAGUAUGGCUUUAAGUGUGCCUAAAUGUUUUCAUUCUAACAUGUGGUAUAACUUUCAACUGCAUUUUUAACGGAUGGAGGUGAUUUAGGUGCUUGGCAAAAGUGAAGGUACAACGAUGACAUCACCUCUUUCGGCAAGAAGUGGGCGUCCUUCCAGGGGUCAAAAUUACAAUAUAAACUCUGCUUCCAAUAAAACACACUUCCUCCUACGGCAUGGUCACAAUACUCAAAGAGAAAGAGCUUUAGUAUUGUCCUUGCAUUUUUGUCAUAUUGACUGCAAGUUUUCUGGAGAACAAAGGCAUUUUACUUGGAUCUUAGAAAUGCAACAAAUCAUAAGGAAAAAAUUUGGUGAUUUCAUGGUGGAGAGAGAGCACUGGUGCCAGUAACUAACAAACACAAGACAGAAGAAUAGUUGAGAAGUAUCUCUUGAGUGAAAAUAGUUGUGGAAAUAACUUACAAAAAGUUAUCAGGACAGAAACAUUAUUCUGCAGCUUAACAAACUAAAAUCAAGGCAUUUGCAACAAUUUUUGAAAGCUGCAGGCAGCCCAACUCAGUGAGAAUGAUUGACUACUGUCACUAUCAGCAGGGGCCGUGUGAACAUUACGGCUAUAGUUACAGUGAAUAUUACAGUCGUUAUUACAAUGCCAGGUGCUAUGCUGAAUGUGGGAGACAGUAUUUGUUGCAAGAAGGAUACAGUCCACCGACAGAGGUUAAAAAUGCCCACGUCAGCACGCGAGCCAACAUGAAGCAGCUGAUCAUGAAGCAACAACUUCAGGAUCUCGAUCGCAAGGAGCUGCAAUAUUCACAGUCGUUGCCGUCAAGGUCUGAGCAGUCGUCUGCCAUUAACAUGCCCGACUCUGGUAGCACAACCACAGAGGUCCCUCCACAGGUUUUGCAGGUCAAAACCAGACUAGAGAACCCCACAAGAUACUAUGUGCAGCAGACGCAAAAGCGCCAAAUUCAGAGCUACAUCACGCACUCCAAGGACGACCUGGGCACGCACUCCAUGCCUGCGAUGACCCACCAUUACGACACGGGGCACCAACUCCACAGUAGCAGCAUGCCAGUGGCUCCUGACAGCCCCUUGUCAGUAGGUGUCAGCAGCACUUGUACCAGUGUCUCAGAGGCAGAUGAUAUUUUGGGUGACUUUCUCAACCUUGAGGCAGUGGACCCCUCCAUGGACAGUGACCUGAACUUUAUAGAGCCAACACUGACUCAGAUGUCCUCAACAGUACCUCACUUUAACUAUACACAUGAAUAUUAUGGAGCCACGGGCACAACAGCUCGUGGAAAAUCGUCCAGCUCUUGUCCGGCAGACAUCUUGGUGAAGAAGGAGACGCCAGGCUAUCUGAAUGAGGAUGAGGCCAGAAUGUGGGCCAAAGAAAGACAGAAGAAAGACAAUCAUAAUCUCAUUGAAAGAAGGAGGCGCUUCAACAUUAAUGAUAGAAUCAAGGAGCUAGGAACUCUGCUACCCAAGGGAUGUGACCCUGAUUUUCAUUACAGGGAAAAGGACAUGAGACAGAACAAAGGAACCAUCCUCAAGGCCUCGGUGGACUACAUUCGCAAGUUGCGGAAAGAUCAUGAGAAGUUGAAAAUGAUGGAGGAGCGACAUCGGAGUUUAGAAUCCACAAACAGAAAAAUGAUGCUCAGAAUACAGCAACUGGAACUGAUGAUGAAGUCACAUGGUAUUUCAAACCCAGCUCUCAGCCAAUCAAAUGCACAGUUACUUGGUGAUGUCAUCAAGCAGUCACAGCUCCCCCUACAGAUCAAACAGGAACCUGUGGAACAAGGCGGCUGUAUGUCCAUGAAUGGUGCUGCACCCAUGAUGGGAAUUGAAGACAUGGACGAUGUUUCGCCUGUCAGUGGAGACCCAAUGCUCUCGUCCUCUCCAACAGGAAGCAGACGAAGCAGUUUCAGUCUCGAUGAACAGGACAGUCAUGACUAUAUGGGUUAAUUAUGAAAGAUUUAUUUUUUGGGUGGUUUCACAUGGUUGUUAGAUGGUUUUGGUAUACAAUCAGUCACACACUGCUCUAAAACUGGAGAAACAGUUCCAAACGGUUUGUUUCAAACAUGUUGUUUCUGUUGUAGUCAACUUCUCAAGGUUAAUGAUGGUCCAUAUCGGUUUGCUAAAAUUUUAAAAGUAUCUGAUUAGCUGA